AAUCAAGCCGCGGACUCGGACAAAAUAUAGUCCCCGUUUUUCAACUUAAAAUUACCGAAAGAAAAGCUAACCCGCUCCCCCGUCGGACCCCUCGACGUUCGGCCGUUAAUCUGGACAGGACCCGUCCGGGGCCUGAGCUCUUUCUGCCGGGUUUGGAGCACUUUUGAAGACGGGCGGAAAGUGGGUGAUGAGUCCUAGCCUGUAAAAAGAAGCGAGAACUUGCUCUUGCAGCCUGAGUAGUUCUUCUUUCAAUUGUUAUUGUCGCUUUAAAAAAUCUUUUAUUCACUUAAAACUUCGUCUCGGUCGCGUCGAAAGUGGGAGAAAAGUGCUUUUCUGGUCGGAACAUGGAACUACAAGGCCUGCAAGAGGCGUUGAAAGUAGAAAUCCAAUGUCAUCAGGAUGGAGAGCUUAAGAGACAGCUACACGACAGGAGAAUAACAGCCCUGAGCGAUAAACAAAACCAGACUUUGUGCAAAGGCCUCAACGAACUUCAGAACGGACAGAAGCUGGCGGUCAGAAGUUGUCCUGUAGCGUCGACUAAGCCGCUGUCUCUCAUCAAGCCUCCCAGCCAGGGCAUCGCCAUCUCCGUGGUGCCGGCCAAAGCUCCCGUUUCCAUGGUGACCGCACACAUUAACGGACAGAAGGCGGCGAGCUCGGAGUCGCUGCAGACGUCCCCCAUCAACCUCCAGACGGGCGGCAGGGUGGCGGCCGCCGGCGUCCACCCGUUCAGCAGCAGGAGAGCCGGAGAGCUGUCUCCCUCACAGAUGCUGGGAACUCUCACUGCUGUGCCCAUCAAGGUGCCUCAAGUCAGCUCCCUGCACCGGCUGGCAGGACAAGCAGCCACUGUGCUACCUCAGGUCAGGCCAAAGACCCAGAUCCCCGACAGCCUCCCCCACAGUCCGUGUCAGGAGCUGCAGCCUCUCGGCCUGCCGAGGGCCACGGCGGUGGUCAGUCCGAGGAGCCAGGGCCCCACGCUGCCCACCGCCAACGGCACCUUCAGCCCCGAGCGCCAGAGCGACACCUCGGGGGGCCCAGACUCGGGCAGCCCCGUCCAGCACGCCUCCGCUGGGCCCGGCGUGGCGUACGCCAUCAUCGCCACAUCCCCCGCCACAGGCAACGGGGCGUCCGGCGUCGGCGAGGCCGUCAAGGUGCAGCCACUGCUCUUCAGCGCUGACAACAAGGUGAUAAUAAUCCAGCCGCAGGCCCCCAGCAGCACUGAGGGGUCCCCGGGGGCCCAGGCGGACCUCCCGUCACAGGAGGCCCCACCCGCUCCGAAAGCCCACCCAGAAAAAGACGAAGACCCAGAGAAAAUUGCCUUCAUGGUCGCCCUCGGCCUCAUAACCACAGAACACCUGGAAGAAAUCCAGACGAAGAGACAGGAGAGGAAGAGACGAAGCACAGCCAACCCGGCCUACAGCGGCCUCUUUGAACCAGAGCGUAAACGUCUGGCGUCACAUUACCUGAACAGCUCGCUCUUCCUGUCAGCACGAGACUCUGAGGAUUUCAGCUGGAAGGAGGACCUGGAGCAUGACGAGCACUGCGCCGUCUGUAAGGAGGACGGCGAGCUGCAGCCGUGCCACAACUGCCCCCGAGCCUUCCACCCCAACUGCCUCCACCCGCCGCUCAAAACCCCCCCCAGGGGACCCUGGUACUGCCCCAAGUGCCAGAAGAAGGUGCUGAACAAAGAAAACAUGUCGUGGCCACAGAACUUUGUUCAGUCCUACGUUACACACAAGACGGUGAGGCAGGAGGAGAAGCGACGGCUGCUCAGACGAAACACGGAGCUGAAGAAAGAGUGCGCUCACCUGGAAGAACAAGACGAGAAGCUCAACGAGGCGCUCAAACAGUGUAUGGACGUGAGGGAGAGACUGCUGGGCCAGCAGAGAGACACUCAGGCCUCGCUCGAGCGCCUCAAAGCUCUCAUCAGGCUGAUCCAACGCGACCAGCUCAUCCAGGUCACCAUGACGACCACCGCCACCAUCGGCGCCGCGUCCCUGCUCUCGCAGUCCUGGAUCAAACCCACCAGCGCCAACCAGCUCGCCGCGGCCUCCUCUGCCGCUGUCCCGGGCCCCUCAGCCGCCACGCCCCUGCAGCAGAAGAGCCACAGCCAGGACGACACAUAAACCAG